CCCUCGCCCGCAGUGUCCAACAGCGCGCUGCCAGUGAGCAUGUGCAUAGGCGCGCGCAGUGCACUCCAGUGAAUCACGGCAGCACGCAGCCAGACCAUGACAUGCACGAGGGCUUGCUCCUUUAUCAUGGGCGAGUCGUCGUGCCCGAGGCAGGAUCGUUGCGCGAGGACAUCAUCCGACACUUCCACGACUCGAAGUUUGGAGGAUACUCAGGGGUGUUACGGACAUGGAUGAGAAUUGCAAGCACUUUUUAUUGGCCGGGGCUGAGGGGUGAUGUGCGCGACUACGUUGGGCGAUGUGAUGAGUGCCAACGCACUAAGGCGGACGUGCAUCGACCAGGCGGGCUGCUCCAACCUUUGCCGGUUCCCGCGCGUAUUUGGGAGGACAUCACCAUGGAUUUUAUCGAGGGGUUACCACUCUCGAAUGGGUUCAAUGGAGUCAUGGUGGUAGUCGACCGCCUUACCAAGUAUGCGCAUUUUAUUCCACUCACUCAUCCAUACACGGCUAAGUCAAUAGCAAAAUUGUUUGUUGAAUACGUGAUGACAUUGCAUGGGUUGCCGCGGUCAAUAGUGUCCGACCGAGAUCGGAUAUUCAUGAGUAGUUUUUGGUCAGAGUUCUUUAAAUUGCAGGGAACUGAGCUAAGCAUGAGCUCGACUUAUCACCCACAAACCGACGGACAGACGGAGGUGACCAAUCGCACACUCGAGCAGUACCUUAGGUGCUAUGUACAUCAGUUUCCAAAGCGAUGGGAGGAUUAUUUACCUUGGGCCGAGUAUUGGUAUAACACUACUUACCAUAGCUCGAUUAAGGCGAUGCCGUUCGAGUUGGUGUACGGGCGCAAACCGCCGACAAUCGUGAGUUACUCGAUGGGGAGCGCCGUGAAUGAUGAGGUCGAUCGAGAGUUGGUGGAGCACGAGUUGAUGUUGCGCGAGCUAAAGCGGACUUUGGAGGGCUCGAUCAAUAUGAUGAAGGCGUACCAUGAUGGCAAGCGGCGUGACGUGGAGUUCGAGCCCGGGGACUGGGUAUACUUGAAGUUGAGGCCAUUCGGCAAAGGACGGCCGCGACCAAACUCGGAGUUCGAUAUUACGGGCCUUAUAACAUUUUGGCCAAGGUUGGGAAGGUUUCUUAUCGACUUGAGUUGCCGGACGAUUCCCAUAUUCAUCCGGUCAUACACGUCUCACAACUCAAGCAACGGCUCGGUGAGGCGCAUGUGGCAAAGGAUCGACUACCCGCGGUCGCGCCGGACGGACAGGUUAUGGUGCGGCCGAGCCGCGCAAUGGAGUAUCGGCAAGUCAAAAAGGCUGGGAAAUAUUUCUGAGAAGUGCUCGUCGAAUGGGAGGAUUUACCCAGUGAGGAAGCAACUUGGCAGAGUUGGACGAGAUGCGCGAGAU